AUGGGCAGACCGAACAUUGCGAAUCGACCAAAGGAUAUCGUCGUCCUCGCUUUCUGCUCAUUCACCUUGUCUUUCGCCUCAGCACCGGGAUACCUUAUCAAAGACAGUCACCCGGUUCCUUCGACAUGGCGCACCGUGGCUCGCGCACCAGACGAGCAGCUUGUCCGAUUGCAGUUUGGACUGAGAACGGCGAACUGGGAAGCUCUUGAACGCAGAUUGCAUCAAGGUCGGCGAUGAAGAAAGCACCAAAACCUAUCUUUGCUGAUGAUACCAGUCUCGAGUCCCGACCAGUCCACUUAUGGUUGUCAUGCCUCGAAAGAAGAGGUUAGAGCUCUGAUGCAGCCAGACGAGGACUCGAUGCGGCUGGUGCAGCACUGGUUAAUGGAACACGAUAUUCACGCCUUCGGUUCCUCUCCUAUGGGUGAUUGGCUCACCGCGGACGUUAACGUGGCGAAGGCGGAGGCCUUGCUUAAUACUCACUACUACCUAUUCCAACAUGAACUUGAUGAUAAGGCUACACUGGGAACAAAGCAGUGGUCACUACCAAUGCAUCUGCAUGAUCACAUCGAUGCAGUGCAUCCGACCAAUGCCUUUUUAAGAGGCUCCACACGUCAGGAAAAACGAACGAAGCGUUCAGAAGUUGCUCCGCUUGGUCUUGGUGAACACGGAAUACCCUCUUUCGACGAAUUGGUGCAAAUAGAUAAGACGGAGCACGGCCACAUGGACGUCCCAGAUGUUAUGGUCCUGCCAUCGAAUGCGCAACCAGACGAAGCCUGUAACUGGGUAGCGACGUCGUCGGUCUGUUUGCGAUCAAUGUACGGCACGCUAGGUUACGAGACGCGUGCACCACAAGACACCAGCAUUGGACUGGUUAACUACCUUGAGCAAACCAAUAAUCGAUCUGACAUUGAGCUCUUCCUCCGACGUUACAGACCGGAUGCUCAAGGCGGGACAGCAAACAUUACCACCAGGGUCAUCGCAGGUGGCAAUGUGGACCAAUCACCCAUUACAGACGAAGUAUAUCGCGCAAACGGUCCUCUAGGGUUGGAGGGCAACCUCAACGCGGAAACGAUACUAGGCAUAUCGUCGCCAAUACCUCUGACAGCGUACAAUGUCGGUGGAAGGGGCGGAUUCGAGAAAACACAGUUCUCGGUGCAGAAUCGUAACGAGCCGUAUCUAGAAUGGCUACAGGACGUACUUGCACAGCCGGACUCCGCCCUUCCCCGUGUCAUAUCCACUUCGUAUGCAGACGAGGAGCAGAGUAUACCGUACUGGUACGCCAAGCGAGUCUGCCAAGGCUUUGCAGCACUCGGCCUCCGCGGAGUGUCUGUCUUGUUUGCCAGUGGCGACGAAGGCGUCGGAAUGGACGGGAAAUGCUGCAGCAGCAAGAACGCAAGCCAGGCGAUGUUUCUGCCCACCUUUCCUGCAUCUUGUCCCUAUGUCACCGCUGUUGGUGGUACAAGAGGCUGGAAUCCAGAGAUUGUCGGGUUCGAUGCCCGCAGCACCUUCGUUUCCGGCGGAGGCUUCAGCAACUACUUUCCUCAGCCCUCAUACCAAAGAGAUGCUGUGAAUUCGUACGUCGACUCGCUCGGCGCGAUGUAUGAGGGCCUUUACAAUCGCUCUGGUCGUGCCUAUCCGGAUAUCUCCGCUCGAAGCUACCACUACAUCACGGUCUGGAACGGCACUGCACGUCUCAUUGACGGCACCAGUGCUGCAUCGCCUGCUGCAGCAGCUAUCUUUGCGCUUGUCAAUGAUGCAUUGGUGGCAGAGGGUAAGCCAGCGCUCGGAUGGCUGAAUCCGUGGCUGUAUGCCACCGGACAUGCUGGCUUCACGGACGUUACAGCAGGAUCAAACUCUGGAUGCAACACGGCUGGAUUUCCUGCGAAGACGGGAUGGGAUGCAGCUACAGGAUUUGGAACGCCGGUAAGUGAAUGGCCGCAUCCAAGUGGCUGUGAUUUGCGGCUGACUCUCUUGACCUUGCAGUGGUUUCCGGCUUUGAAGGAUCUAGCGCUUGGUAGUGCAUAUCGGGCAGCCAGACCGUGGUACAUGCAAUCCUAG